CUUCACUUCUCACAGGAUGGACACAGAUCUUCUUCUUCUUCUUCCUCCUCUUCCUCCUCCUCCUCCUCCUUCUCUUCUUCUUCCUCCUCCUUCUCCUCCUCUUCUUCCUCCUCCUCCUCCUCACAUUACUUCAGUUUCCAUCUGCUCAGUCAAACCUCUCUUCAGUUUCCAGCAGCAGAAGAAACUGAUCUCAGACUUUUCUCAGUUUCUCUGAACUCAUCGCGCCGCUUCGCUCUUUAUCUGCCGAUGAAAAGCUGAACGAGGUCAGUCACGUGCUUCUCUGCAGCAGCUCCUGGUUGUGCCUCCGGGCCUCAUGAAGAGGAGAGCCCCCCCAGCUGGUGAACACACACAACUACAUCAGACUGCACAUGAAGAAGAGACGAGCUCUCCUCCAAUCAGAUGCUCACAGAUCUACGAUCAACCGUUUACCGGAGCCCAGCGGCCCGUCCAGCGUCCUCUCCCGGGGCUUCAGCGUCUUCUCCCGGGGCUCCAGCGUCCUCUCCCCGGGCUCCAUCGUCUCCUCCCCGAGCUCCAGCGUCUUCUCCCGGGGCUCCACCGUCCUCUCCCCGGGCUCCAUCGUCUCCUCCCGGGGCUCCACCGUCCUCUCCCCGAGCUCCAGAGUCUUCUCCACCGGGUCGAGACGUUUCUCCUCAAACCCACCAAUGCCCCAGAAACAGAAACGCGUGAAGGCCCAGCAGCCCGGAGCAGAGCCCGAGGCCUCCGGUCCGGUGGUUCGAGACCGACACGGUGCCCUAACCAUCACGGUGCACGCCAAGCCCGGCUCCAAACACAGCGCCAUCACAGACGUCUCCGAGGAGGCGGUGGGAGUUUCCAUCGCGGCCCCCCCCACGGACGGAGAAGCCAACACUGAGCUGAUUCGCUUCCUGGCUGAAGUCCUGGACCUGAAGAAAAGUCACAUCUCUCUCCACAAGGGCUCCAGGUCCAGGGACAAACUGGUCAGAGUGGACUCGUCCCUCAGUGUGGAGGAGGUGUUGAGGAGGCUCAGAGGAGACGCAGGCACGUGACCUGUAAUAAGUGGCGUCACAGCUGGACCAGUGGGACGCCGGAGCAUCACCAUGACAGGACGAGUGAUCGUCUGAAGUGAAUCAUUGAAGUGUCACAUGAUUGAAUAAACUGUUGAGUAAACAGAUUCUGAGCUGAAGGAUUAAAUAUUAAACAUGUCUUAUCGUCUCCUGCAUCUUAAUCCCAAACACAUAUUCCAGCAGAACUGUGUAAACACAGCUGUGAGCAGUAGGUGGCGCUGUGUUCCUGUGAGAUCUGAAAACACAACACACCAGUUCAUCAUGUCACCAACAUGCACACGUUUAUCCCGUGAGACAACAUGGACCGACUCAAACCCCUGAUGCUAAUGACACUUUAGUAAAAUGUUUUUAUUACAGACAUUAAUUCAACUAGUACAAAUACGACACUAAUAAAAUACUAAUAUUUUCUAAAACAAUGGUAAUCAUGUUUAGAAACUAACAACCAGAGUGAGCAGCACUUCGCCAAAGUUUUAUUGUGAAAGGAAGAAAAAGCUGCAACUAACGUUUGUUUCUCUGAAAAAUUAAGACCCAGACGUCCAACGUCAAAUAACAGCAACAUGUAAAAAGUUAAUCUUAAACACGUUGAAUAAUUAAGCAGAUGAAACAGCUCUGAUGAUUCUAAUGAGUUAAAGUGACAGACUGACCCUUUAAAUUCCCUGAUGAAGGACGUGAGCAUCAGGACAGAUGUUGAGUCAGAAUCUGGGUCCAUGGUCUCAAGAGCUGGACCAUCAGGGCCACAGCCUACAUGGAUGUGGGUCCCAGGGGCCCCAGUGUGAACCACCACACCACAGACUGUUCAUCAGGUGAACACAUGUAGGUUCAUGACCACAACAACUAAUGAAACUCGGAAUCAGAUUUCUAACUUUUUUGUGGCUCAAAUCCUGUUGUGUAGUGAAAUGGUGGAUUUGUGUUGAUUUAAAUCAGAUGAUCAUUGGAGUCAUUAUAUAUUUAAUGAUUUGAAGUAGUUACUUUUCAAACUAUUUAAAAAGCAGAGCAGGGACAUCUGUGGUUAUUCAAAGAGACGGGUUCAAUGAAAAUGUAUACAGAUGUGUAUUUGUUUAAAUUCAAGUUCUAUAGGGUUAGGCUAACCCUUUUCUUUAUAGUCAUUUAUAAUUAAACUGAAAUAUGAAACCUCAGAUCAUAAGUUCCAUAACUCCAGGGAAUGAGGGAGUUCUCUCAUUCACCAAAGUGCUGCUCAUUGUGGGAACUCUGUUUCUCUAUGAAACAUUUUAAGUUCCUGACCCUUUAUGUAAAGUGGACAUUGUGAUUUAGUUCUGUAUAAAUAAAAUUGAUUGAAUAUA